AUGGCAACCAAAACGCUCUUUAUUCUAUUUUAUGUGAUUACCGUUGUGGGUUCGUCUUCUUCUUGUUCUUCAAGCGUUUCGAGCAAUGGAGUCUCGAGAGAAACCCUCAUCGAUAUGAUACGAAAAUUGGUUACAUAUAAUGAACGCGACCCAAGAUUAGAUUACCUUAUUCCAGAUGUCAUCUUCACUAUCAAGGCCAAACGAUCUCCCAGAGAAGAAAUCGAAGGUCCCAAUCCAGAACUGUUUCUUGGUUCUGGCAAAUAUGGUGGUGUUUAUCUGGCCCAAUCUAAGAGAGAUUCCAAUCAGGAUGGAAGCGUACACUUGAUCGACUUUGGCCUGGCCCAGCAAAUUAUUUCCGAAUUUUCUAGUGAUACCGAAGAUUCUGAUUUUAUGUUCACAGACUCAUGUUCGGAUGAGAGACGGGCAGCAGAGCUAUGUCUCUCGAUAGUUAAGAAAGCUCCAUCUAUAUCCAAGAAAAUGCUUGCUCCAACCCACCCGCCGCUAUCUGCUCUUCGUUUUGUUUGCGAAAGUAUCCGAGCAAAAAAGAUCACCAUACACCAAGCGUUGAAGGAUCCGGUCUUUAAUACGAUCAAAGAGGCUCCCCAAUUAAGAUCAAAUCUGCCAAAAGUCUUUUAA